AUGACGGACAUCAAGCAAUCGAGCGCCUCGAGCGUUUCUGGUGCGUACGAGACAAACACGAUAGCAGCAGCGUACGACAAUGCCCUGGACUUUGACGAUGAAUUUGAAGAUGAGAUGGACAGUAUCUUAGGCUCACAGGAAGUAGCCACCAAAG